GCCUGCCUGGUCCGGGACUGCGGCUGGGUCUGUGAGUCCAUCCGCCUGCCUGGUCCGGGACUGCGGGUGGGUCUGUGAGUCCAUCCGCCUGCCUGGUCCGGGACUGCUGGUGGCCGAGGUAGCCGCCCAGGCUGCUGGCUGGAGCGGCGUCCUUCCUGUGCGAAUUUCAGCUCUUCACCUGGGUCUUCGGUCCCCUGUCGCAACCUCAGCAAACCAGCAGGAUGGCUGCAAACAAGAGCAAGAGCCAGAGCUCCUUGGCCCUGCACAAGGUGAUCAUGGUUGGCAGUGGAGGGGUUGGCAAGUCGGCCCUGACGCUUCAGUUCAUGUACGAUGAGUUUGUAGAAGACUACGAACCUACCAAAGCUGACAGCUACAGGAAGAAAGUGGUUCUGGAUGGGGAGGAAGUGCAGAUCGACAUCCUGGACACCGCGGGGCAGGAGGACUACGCGGCGAUCCGCGACAACUACUUCCGGAGCGGAGAGGGCUUCCUGCUGGUGUUCUCCAUCACAGAGCACGAGGCGUUCACAGCCACGGCCGAGUUCAGGGAGCAGAUCCUCCGUGUUAAGGCUGAAGAAGACAAGAUCCCAUUGCUUGUGGUGGGAAACAAGUCGGACUUGGAGGAGCGGAGGCAGGUGCCGGUGGAGGAGGCGCGGAGCAAAGCAGAGGAGUGGGGCGUGCAGUACGUGGAGACCUCGGCUAAGACUCGGGCCAACGUGGACAAGGUGUUCUUUGAUCUAAUGAGAGAAAUCAGAGCAAAGAAGAUGUCAGAAAACAAGGACAAGAAUGGCAAGAAAAGCAGCAAGAACAAGAAGAGUUUUAAGGAGAGAUGUUGCUUGCUGUGAAGAGAUGUUGCCAUGAUGGCGGACGGAGUCCAUUGCCACUGAGGACAUAGGGCUGUCGUUGAGGGAAGACUGGUCUACUUGUGUGCUCCCUGCUCGCCCACCCUCUCCACGCGGACUUCUUCAAUGGGGAAAAUAUUGGUGAGUCUGUGGCCGGCAGAAGAAACAAGCCCUGACCUUGCAUGGACCGGCCACGCUGUCAGGAGGUUUUGCAGCUCCCUCCUCCCUCCCUUCCUCCCUCCUUCUCUCCCUGAAGUUUAACCAAGUAUGAGUGCGAGAGGUAGGAAAUAGUCCAACGUUAAUUAAAAUGGAAGCGGUCUGUCAUAGUGUCUUAUUCCCCCCAAUUUCAUAACAUUAGCACCUUUUGUUUUGAAAUAAAAUUGUCUUAUUUUAUUAGGUUUUGGGAGAAGGGGUGGGAUAUGACUCCCCCAACCCUUGUCAGCUUAACAGUAGUACUCAGAAAAAUCCAUGAAACUCUAAUGACGCUGAAAAACCCAGAUUUGGGGGGAUAUAUUUCUUGGAAAUCUGAGUGGAUUUGAAGUAACAAAAAAAGAAAUUUGAGUUCUCCCACAGAGGUCAAUACGAAGCUCAUAACUCCUCUCCCGUAUGAGAGAUGGAAGCUGUGUCUUUGCAUUUAAGUACCGGCCAGGGGUUGUCUGUGUCGGCUGAUCCUUCCUGUGGCAUCUGGGUUUGGCAGGAGCUUCUCUUUAAUGGACUGAGUGAAGAGUCAGCAGUGGGACGCUUUCUAAAUGAUGCACUUUGCUCAUCAGGUUUUAAAACUUCUUUGGCUAAAUCCUCUUGUAAUUGCCGGUCCAGUGGUUCGGCUCCUUGUCUCCAUGGCAGUCAGCACAUCCUGUCUUCCAGGUCGCUGCUCUGCACAUGAGGAGGCCUCCCGCAGGGCACAGUCCGGGGGCUGCCAGAGCAGCACUGCCUUCAGCUCAGGAAGCCAGCCCGUGCCAGGCUCCUGCGCCCCUCCUGGCGCUGCCAAGCGAUUCUGAAUUUAGAAUUGGAAUUAGUUGGGAAGGUUAAGCCAUUGCUCUUUUACCUCUGAGAACUGGCUGCUGUUCCUAAUUUUUUUUCUGAGACAGCGCUAUUCUUAGUUAGAAAAAUUUUUUUAUUGGUGAGAUAUUGCUAAUCUUUCUUGACUCAAUAUUCUAAAUUCAGCAAUCAGAAAAUUUUUCAUGAGGAAAGGAGAACUGUGAUAAAAGCCCAGUAUUCACAUUUUCCCCAUCUUUCAGAAGUGACAUUUCACACCCAGGUGCCCAAAGUGAAUUGGGGUGGGGGAGCAGGAAUCUUUCAAACUCAUGGUUAUAUAGAAUUCAUGGAAAUUAUGGUCUGACUGGAAAACAAUCUUGUAUAACUUCCCAAAGAAUCAUGGACUUUUGAAUAAAAAAAGCAGACAAAUACACA